AUGAAAGAAGGGAGUGAAACCACAAGGUUGCAAGUUGUUUUUGAUGCAUCAGCCAAAACAAGUACAGGACUUUCGCUCAAUGAUGUGCAACUAGUAGGGCCUACUAUCCAGCAAGAUUUAUUCAGCAUCUUGAUGCGUUUCCGUCAACAUACCUACGCAAUUUCCGCCGACAUCUCAAAGAUCUUGCUCGGCAUUCUUAGCAACUCGGGCACUACAUCAAGCAGCGCUAGAUUUACAACAACGAUAUCCCGAAGCCGUAUUCGCGACUUCUAUGUGGAUGAUCUUCUGACGGGCGAUAACGACAUCGAGCGUCUAAGCAGGAUAAAGGAGGAGAUAGUUACCAUCCUCGAAUCGGCCAAAUUUGAGCUUCACAAAUGGAAGAUUCUCGGACACCUAUGGGACACUCAACAUGAUGCAUUUUGUUACACCGUAGGACCAUUGGAACGUCAUUGUAAACCCACCAAGAGACAAGUAUUGUCAUCUAUUGCUCAGAUAUUCGACCCAUUAGGUUUAAUAGGACCCGUUAUUGUCCGGGCAAAAAUAUUUAUGCAGCAACUAUGGCAACUUCAAUUAAGCUGGGAUGAGUCGCUACCAUCUCAACUCCAUACUCAAUGGGUACAAUGGUACCACAAGAUCCCUCAUUUAAAUCAACUGGAAAUACCUCGUCAUAUUAUGUGCGAUAACCCGCAAGGCCUGGAACUCCACGGUUUUUGUGACGCCUCAGAACAAGCGUAUAGUGUCUGUAUUUACAUAAGAAGCACGGACCUCGAUUGUAGACAUCAUGUCAGGCUAUUGUGUGCAAAAUCGCGGGUGGCCCCACUCAAGGUCAUAUCGUUACCCAGACUCGAACUUUGUGGCGCUUUAUUGUUAUCCCAAUUAUAUCAGCGAGUUAUUCAUUCAUUAAGCACCAAAUUCGAUAGUUUGCAUUUCUGGUGCGAUUCCACUAUAAUUUUGUCCUGGAUCGCAGGAAGUCCCAAGCAAUGGUCAACUUUUAUCGCCAACCGCACUGCAGAGAUACAAAGGUUAACGGAGGGAGGAGAAUGGCAUCAUAUUCGUUCCGAACUUAAUCCUGCAGACGUAAUCUCCCGAGGAAUAGACCCCGACGAAAUUCAAAACUCCAUGCUUUGGUGGACUGGUCCCAAGUUCUUGCAAGAAGAGUACGAAGUGGUAUCAAAAAAUGCUCCACGUCUGCUCCGACCCGAAGAAUUACCCGAGGUGAAGCGCACCACCAUCGUUCUAUCGGUCUCGACAGAAGAAAAAUUAAACAUCAUCGACAAAUUCUCUUCAUUGAACCGACUCAAACGGGUAUUCGCCUAUUGUCUUCGCUUUUCACACAAUGCAAGAAAGGGAAGGAAGGAUCGCGAGGCUAGAAUACAAGGACCAUUGCGAGUGGAAGAACUCCAAUAUAGCAUGGAAGUCAUUCUCAGAUUAACACAAGGAGAAGCCUUUGCCGAGGAAAUCAAACUGCUCUCCCAAGGAAGAGAAAUAUCACGCAAAAGAACACAAACUCUAUUAGCAAUAAUACGUACACGGUAUUGGCCCAUAUCGGGAAAGGGCACUAUAAAGAGAAUUCUCCAUAAAUGUCUCACUUGCUAUCGUUUCAGUGCGUUACCACUCAAGCAAUUAAUGGGAAGCCUACCUGCGUCACGAAUCACACCCUUGCCUCCUUUCGCCAAAACCGGAGUUGACUACGCGGGUCCAUUUACUAUUAGAAUAAGUCGCAAUAAAACAGAUAAGGCAUACUUAUGCAUCUUUGUAUGCUUCGUGACUAAAGCCGUACAUUUAGAGAUCGUUUCUGAACUCAGCACAGUAGCCUUCUUAAAUGCGCUGAAAAGGUUUAUAGGUAGGCGCGGCAAACCAAUUAGCAUCCACUCCGACAAUGGAACGAAUUUUGUGGGAGCCAAUAACUCACUGAAGGAGAUGUACAGCCUGGUCAAAUCCAGUAAUGGUCACCUGACAAAGGUUAUUGGUUCAACUUCUUUGACUUUUGAGGAACUAACCACUGUUGUUGUCCAAGUGGAGGCAAUAUUAAACUCAAGGCCACUGACGCCCAUGUCAACAGACCCCGCUGAUUUUAACGCAUUGACUCCCGGCCAUUUUAUAAUCGGGCGUCCGCUCGUUUCCACACUAGAGCCUGAUCUUGCCGACGUCAAGGUUAAUCGUCUUAAACGAUAUCAGGUCUUAGAGCAAAUAAGGCAAAGUUUUUGGAGGCGAUGGUCAGUCGAGUAUUUGACGCAACUCCAACAGAGAGUGAAAUGGAAGGAGGUUGAAAACACGAUAAAGAAAGAUACCAUGGUUAUCUUACGAGACCCUAAUGUCCCGCCAAUGCGCUGGCGGCUUGCCAGAGUAAUUAACGUCCAUCCAGGUAGAGAUGGUCUAGUUAGGGUUGUGGAUCAAAACAAGUGCGGGUGUAUUUCAGAGAUCUUUGUCUAA